AUGAAUGGAACUCUUCCUGAACGUCUGGGGAACAUGUUUCCGAUGCUGGAUUUUCUUGAUGUUUCUAAUAACAUAUUACAAGGUGUUGUGACCGAGAAUCACUUUGUUAAUCUCAAAGAAUUACGGUUCUUCUAUGCAUCUGGAAAUAGAUUAACAUUGAAAGUGGGUCCAAAUUGGUUGCCUCCCUUCGAACUUAGCGAGCUUGGGUUGGGAAGUUGGCACUUGGGUCCUCAAUUUCCAGUUUGGUUGCAGUCACAAAAAGAGAUUUCUGAGGUGGAUAUAUCUAAUGCUGGAAUCAAAGAUGAAAUUCCAACUUGGCUUUGGAACUUAUCCUCUCAACUCUCUGUCCUCAAUCUACCUCACAACCAAUUCAGUGGUCGAUUGCCUCGAAACACAUUUCCCAUAACUAAAUUGGACUUGUCAAACAAUUUAUUCUCAGGGGACGUCGUUGCUGUCUUUUCUCAUCCUCAAAAUGAAUCGAUCAAGCUUAAAUGUAUCAAUGAUGAUUAUAUUGGAAAUAAGUUGACAGGAAACAUUCCCAAGAAAAUAGGAGACAUGAAGCAAUUAGAAUCCAUUGAUUUAUCUAGAAAUCACUUUUCUGGAGAAAUCCCCUACAGCCUCUCGAAUCUAAACUUUCUGAGUUACUUGAAUUUGACUUAUAACAAUUUGUCGGGGAAGCUAGAUCCCUACUGCAUCUUGUUAUGUUGGAAAGUCAAUGAAACAGUUUUAUUUCUUCUUCUUCACCCUUCACUGCCAACUGCAAUACGGUAUCAGAGCCAUAAGAUCAUGGCCUGGGGUGCACCUUCAGUAAACACAAAUGCCUCAAUUUCCACAAAUCCCACUCCAAACCCUAUUGCCUAUGAGCCUAAGGAUCGAGUUGAUCCACUGCAUCUUCAUCCCAGUGAAACUCCCUCUCUUCAGCUGGUGACUACUCAAUUAGAAGGGAGAUCGAACUACCAUCCGUGGGCAAGGGCUAUGGAAAUGGCGUUGAGAUAA